GGUAAUCCAAGAUGGAUUGGGACACUCUUCAAGAGUUGCUUGGCGAGAUGAACAAGUACUCCACGACGCUGGGCAAGGUGUGGCUCUCGGUGAUUUUCGUUUUCCGCGUGUUGGUCUUGGUGGUGGCGGCCGAGACGGUUUGGGGAGACGAGCAGAGCGACUUUGUCUGCAACACCCAACAGCCAGGCUGCAGGAACGUCUGCUAUGACCGCUUCUUCCCCAUCUCCCACGUCCGUCUGUGGGUCUUCCAGCUGCUCUUUGUGUCCGUCCCCUCCUUUCUCAUCGGCAUGCACGUCUCCCAAAGGAAAAAGAGCAAGAAGAACAUCAAAAUCUUUCGCCUGAAUGCAGCUAAACUGAAAAUAAAAAUCGAUGCCCCUCUCCUACGGACUUACCUGGUCAGUCUUGUCUUCAAGAUGCUAUUUGAAGCCAGUUUUAUGUACUUGUUUUACUGGAUCUACGAGGGCUACCAGAUGGUGCGGCUUGUGAAGUGCAGUGAAUACCCCUGCCCCAACACUGUAGACUGCUUCAUUUCCAGGCCCACCGAAAAAACUAUCUGUACUGUGUUUAUGUUGGUGAUCUCAGCUCUGUGCAUCUUGUUGAAUGUGUCUGAGCUCUGCUUCUUGGUUGUAAAAUAUUGCAUUAUUCAGUGUAGAACGUCUUGUUUCCCCGCAGUAGAAAACGAGACAAAGUCCAAGAGGUAGAAAAUACCAGACCCUCCUUCCUCAGAAAUCAACUCACGGUGAAUCACUGAGAGAGAAAUGUUCAACUUUUGUGGGAAAUAUUUCCAUUAUCUUCAGUAAAAAAAGUUGCAUGAAAUAGCCUAUUUAUUUUAUUCAUGUUUGGCUUCACUGAGAAGGUCCAAAGUCUAGAUUGGUGGCAAAGUGUUUCAGCACAAUGGCCUCUGUCUGGGUAACUGAAUGGUGUCCACCAUGUGUAGCCCUCUUCCCAGUUGGGAUGGCUAUCCCAGAGUGAGUCAAGCCCAGCCUGAAACUGCCAGACCCCGAGAACCAUACCUCUACAUCAAUAUCCUAGACUCCAGGCACAAGAGACUGCAGAUGCUGGAAUCCAUGGGA